AUGGAAGAGCUCUCCGCGGGGCCUCUCGUCCCCGCCGUCGACAAACCCAACGCUUCCAGAGCAGCCGCCGCCGCUGCUGCUGCCGACACAGGCGCCUCUGCCGCCGCAUCCGGCGACACGUUCCCGGCCUCCACGUCGGAGCCGGACAAGGACUUUCUCUGUCCGAUUUGCAUGCAGAUCAUCAAGGAUGCGUUCCUCACCGCAUGCGGCCACAGCUUCUGCUACAUGUGCAUCAUCACUCACCUCCGCAACAAGAACGAUUGCCCUUGCUGCGGUCACUACCUCACCAACACCAACUUGUUCCCUAACUUUUUGCUCGACAAGCUACUUAAGAAGACUUCUGCGCGUCAAAUAUCAAAAACUGCUUCACCUGUGGAACAUUUCCGGCAGGCAUUGCAAAAGGUUAGUUGUGCUUUCAUUCUUUCUCUUGAUUAUAAUCUGUCAAACAUGUAA